CCUUAUAUGAUUUUAAAUACGGAAUGACUGGGAAAAUAACUAAACUAUCAAAAUCCGUGGCAUCUCAUCGCAUAGGGCAAGGGUUGGCAUCGUUCCUUUCCGAUGAGUUGUAUGGAUUUGUGAUUCGUUGAGAUUUGACGGCACUUGCAUUAUCAAAAUCUUUGUGUUUAGCGGCCAUUGCCUCUGUUCGUGGCUUCAGGAUUUUGUUAAUUCUGCAGCUCCGAAAUAUAGAUAUACAAAUAAUCAGGCUGUAGAGGAGAAUGGCAGAAUCUAUAUCAAGCUUUUGGGGUCCAGUCACAUCCACCAAAGAGUGUUGUGAAAUGAACUAUGCUUAUUCAUCUUACAUUGCUGAAUUUUAUAACACAAUAUCCAACAUUCCGACAAUACUUUUGGCUUUGAUCGGUCUUAUAAAUGCCUUAAGACAGCGGUUUGAGAAAAGAUUUAGUGUUCUUCAUGUAUCAAACAUGACACUCGCCUUUGGAAGCAUGUUGUACCAUGCCACACUGCAGCGUGUGCAACAGCAAAGUGAUGAAACUCCUAUGGUAUGGGAGGUGCUGCUGUACAUGUACAUCCUCUACUCUCCAGAUUGGCAUUAUCGCAGUACAAUGCCCAUCUUCCUCUUCGUCUAUGGUGCCCUUUUUGCCGCUGCUCAUUCAGUGUUUCAUUUUGGUAUUGGCUUCAAAGUGCAUUAUAUCAUUCUCAUUCUUCUCUGCAUUCCAAGAAUGUACAAGUAUUAUAUUCACACUCAAGAUGCUUCUGCCAAGCGGCUUGCAAAGCUGUUUUUAGUUACUUUUGUAUUCGGCAGUUUGUUUGGGUUCUGUGAUCGAAUUUUCUGCAAGGAGAUUUCCAGUUGGCCUAUUAACCCUCAGGGUCAUGCGUUGUGGCAUGUAUUUAUGGGCUUCAAUUCCUACUUCGCCAACACAUUCUUGAUGUUUUGCCGGGCUCAACAGCGUGGGUGGUCUCCAAAAGUUCUUCAUUUAAUGGGUGUAUUACCUUACGUGAAGAUUGAGAAACCAAAAAGCCAGUGACAGAAAUUUGUGGAAGAAGAAGGAAGUCUCUUUCUGAUGAUACUUUUUGGCAAUAUAAGUUGUUAGAAAACCUUGUGUCCUUCUAGCCUUUUUUUUUUUUCCUUUUUCAGUUUUGUGGUUUAGAUUGGCUUGAAAAUGAUGAUUGAUUAUUUAUAUAUUUCGAUGUAGAACUAGGACAUGUACCAUAAUUAUCCCUCGGGUACUUUCUUGAGCCUAGACCUUAGCUUUAAAAUUGUUAUGACAACCAAAAGACAUAAUUUUGCUACACUGGUGGUUGUUGGGUUCCCAGUUGAAUCAAUCCCCACAUUCUACAUGUAAUGUCUUGUGUAACCCUACACGUUCAUUUGAGUAUAUUACUAACUUGUUUUUGAGCGCUUUUAAA